AUGAAUUAGGAACAUAGGAAAUUGAAUUUACUUAAAUAAAUGAAAAUCGAUACAAAUGAUAUUUAUCAUAUAGAUGCAGAAAAGUUUUUUAAGAAAUAAUGCACAUCCCAUGAAACAAUACUUAUUUCUCGGAUGAUUACAAAAAUCAAUAAGAGAAAUCAUGAAUAAUUGAGAAUGAUAGCAAUUUCUAAUGAAUUUGUUUAUAACAUAGAUAAAAAGAAUAUUAAAAGAAAGAUAGCAAUAAACAAAAUAUUUGGAGUCACGAUAUCGAAAAAAAAUUAAGAGUUUAUUAUUCAUGUACCUGCAGAAUCUGAUUUAUUGUACAAAUCAUAAGAGAAUAGAGAUGUAAUAAUAUUUUAUUUAACUAUUGCAUUGAAAAUGCACAAUAUAGAUGUUAUUAAAAUUUAUUUUGUAGAAGAUGAUUUUUUAUAGCCAUAUUGUAUGCAUAAUUAAAUACCUGACAAAUCAAAAUAAACUAGUUUACAUCCAAAAUGUUCAAUUAGUAUGUUAUAUCCUGAGAAUUUUCAAUUAAAUUACAUAAAUAUCAUGAAUAAAUCAAAAGUAAAUGAACUUUUGGUACUAUUUGCUUAUGAUCCACUAAGAUUACGUGUCAAAUUAGAUGAUUAUUAGAAAUCUGUGGUUUUGUCUUAAGGAUCUUUAAGUAAAAUUUAUUUAUUACAUAAUAAAUAUGAGAAAUAGUAACAAUUCGCUGUAUUAAAAUGUGUCCCUAUGAAUUCAGUUGAUAUAGAUUUAUUGGAACUCUUUCUCAAGAAUUAUGUGAAAUUACCUUUUAUCGAGGAACUUGAAUUAUGUUUCCUCUAUAAUGGUAAUGUUAAUUUUAUAUUUAAAUUUGUAAAAGGAGGGGAUCUUUAUUAACAUCUAAAAGAGAUAAACAAUUUCCCAGAACAAUAAGUAAAAUAAAUAGUUGCAUAAGUAGCAAUAGCAUUAUCUGAUUUACAUGAGAGGGGAAUUAUUUUUGGAGAUUUGAAACCUGAAAAUAUUUUAAUGGAUGAAAGAGGUUAUGUUUGUUUAACUGAUUUUGGAUAUGGUAAAUUGAGAAUCUAUUAGGAAUACAAAAAAACAUAAGCAAUUAAUUUUACUACUGAAUAUUCCUCUCCAGAAUAUAUUAAAAAUGGAGAACUUACGAGAAUGUCUGAUUGGUAUAGCUUAGGAAUUCUAAUUUAUGAAUUAAUUGUAGGUAUCACUCCUUUUUAUCAUAAUAAUUUUGAAAUUGCCUUGAAACUUAUUCUCAAAGGUGAAAUUCACUUCCCCAGGAAUAUAACUUGCUCUUCAUAGUGUAAAGAUAUUAUUCAAAAAUUGACAAGGCAUGAUAGCACUUAAAGAUUAGGAUUUCUCAUGGAUUUUAAGGAAUUACAAAGCCAUCCAUGGUUUCAUGAUAUUUCUUGGGAAGACUUAAUAUAAAAAAAAUAUGAUACUCUAGCUUAUAUACCAUAGUUUAAUGAAAUAUCCUAAAUAUCGGAUAGAUAUUUUAUUAUGGAAUAAUUAAAUGAAGAUGAAAGAAAUUGGUGA